GUAACUACCUAGGUGUUGUAACGCCGGGAGGGAGGCGAGCUGACCCGCAGACGGGCUGAGGCGCUUAGCCCCGGGGCGUGACAGCGAAUGUGGCUAAUGCUAACCGAGGCUAACGGCAACUCUCGGCGUACGGCCACGAGCUGCGGGUCUCACGCAUCGUCUUAAACGUCGUUGUUACCGGUCUCUAGCGGGCGCCGAAGAGAGCAACCGAAGCGGUCGGCGAGCUGUGAACCAAAGGCGCGAGGCUGUGACCUUCGCUAGCAGGAAGGCGAUCCCGGGGCCAUGUUGGCACGUCUGUUCAGGCUCCACGGCCUGCUGGUGGCCUCCCACCCAUGGGAGGUCAUCGUGGGCACCCUCGCCCUCACCGUCUGCCUGGUGUCCAUGAACAGCCUGGCAGCCAGCAGCCAGCUGUGCAGCUGGAAUGGGUGCCCCAAAGUCGAGGAGAAAAUCCACAGCAGCGACAUAAUCAUCCUUACGGUCACCCGCUGCAUGGCCAUCAUUUACAUCUAUUUCCAGUUCAAGAAUCUCCGACAACUGGGAUCCAAAUAUAUACUGGGUAUCGCGGGUUUAUUCACAGUGUUUUCCAGCUUUGUUUUCAGUACAGUGGUCAUCCACUUCUUUGGGAAAGAGCUGACAGGCCUUAACGAGGCCCUGCCGUUCUUCCUCCUGCUCAUAGACCUGUCCAAAGCCUGUGCACUGGCCAAAUUCGCCCUCAGCUCAAACACUCAGGAGGAGGUGAGGGAGAAUAUUUCCCAGGGCAUGGCCAUCCUGGGCCCCACCUUCACCCUGGAUGCUCUGGUUGAGUGUCUGGUCAUCGGGAUUGGCACCAUGUCAGGUGUGCCUCAGUUAGAGAUCAUGUGUUGUUUCGGCUGUAUGUCCGUCCUGGCCAAUUACUUUGUCUUCAUGACCUUCUUCCCUGCGUGUGUCUCGCUGGUCCUGGAGCUGUCCAGGGAAAGUCGCGAGGGUCGUCCAGUCUGGCAGCUGAGCCACUUUGCCCGCGUGCUGGCUGAGGAAGAGGACAACAAGCCCAAUCCUGUGACCCAGAGGGUGAAAAUGAUCAUGUCUCUGGGUCUAGCCUUGGUUCACGCCCACACUCGACUGGCAGCGGAGAAUCCAGGUCAGAAUCGAACGGCGGAGGGGCCCAUAGCUACGAGACCGAAGUCUGGUCGUACCAUGGGUACCAGCAUGGACAUGGAACAGGUGAUAACCCUCGGUCUUGCCCUGCUCCUGGCUGUGAAGUACGUCUUCUUUGAGCAAACGGAGGCAGAAUCCUCCCUGUCCCUGAUGAGUCCAAUUAUCAGCUCUCCUCCAACCCAGAAGCCCAGGGUGGCAGGGGACUGCUUCAGGAGGGACCUUCUAGCCCAGAAACACCAGAAGACAAUGAAGGGUAUCUCAGCAACCAACCCCACCUCCCCAGCCGUCUCAGAUUCGAAGCUUUCCCCCGAGGCUGACACGGUGCUCAGAGAGAAGGAAGUCACUCAGGCUCCCGCAGUCUCGGUGAAAAGCGGCCCUUGCGCCGGGGAGUCUCCUGCUCAGACACCUUCUGUUCCUCUAAGUGGCUCUAAUUCGGGUGCCCGGACGCUGGAGGAAUGCAUGGCCGUCCUCUCAGAUCCUCAGAGAGGCGCCCGUUUCCUCAGCGACGCAGAGGUGAUAAACCUGGUAACCUCGCGCAACAUCCUGAACUAUAAACUGGAAGCGGUCCUUGAGACUCGGGAGAGGGGCGUGGCUAUCAGGAGGGAAAUGUUAUCACCCAAACUGCCUGUUCCCUCUGCCUUGGCUUGUCUGCCUUACAAGGACUAUGACUAUUCUAAGGUGAUGGGUACCUGCUGUGAGAACGUCAUCGGUUACAUGCCGGUGCCAGUAGGGGUGGCUGGUCCUCUCCUGUUGGACGAGAAGCAGUUUUACAUUCCUAUGGCGACCACAGAGGGCUGCCUGGUGGCCAGCACUAACAGAGGAUGCAGGGCGCUUUCUCUGAGCGGGGGUUGCCGCAGCAGGAUCCUAGCCGACAGUAUGACCAGGGGUCCUGUGGUGAGACUGCCCUCGGUGUGCCGGGCUGCAGAGGUCAAAGUCUGGCUCGAGACCUCGGAGGGCUUCAGCCUGAUCAAAGAGGUCUUUGACCAGACCAGCAGGUUUGCUCGUCUGGAGAAGCUGUUGGUGGGCUUAGCUGGGAGGAACCUGUACAUUCGCUUCCAGUCUCAGACCGGAGACGCCAUGGGCAUGAACAUGCUCUCCAAGGGGACUGAGCAGGCUCUGCACAGACUCCAGGAGCUGCAUCCAGACAUGGAGGUGCUGUCGGUCAGUGGCAACUACUGCACCGACAAAAAGGCCGCUGCCAUAAACUGGAUCCUGGGCCGGGGCAAGUCGGCCGUGUGUGAGGCCACCAUUCCCGCCAAGGUGGUCAGGGAGGUGCUGAAGAGCAGCACAGCUGCUCUGGUGGAGCUGAACAUCAACAAGAACUUGGUGGGCUCGGCCAUGGCCGGCAGUAUAGGGGGCUUUAAUGCUCAUGCUGCCAACAUUGUAGCAGCCAUAUACAUCGCCUGUGGACAGGAUCCUGCUCAGACAGUGGGGAGCUCCAACUGCAUCACUCAGAUGGAGCCUACUGGUCCGGAUGGAGAAGACCUGUACAUCAGCUGCACUAUGCCCUCCAUAGAGCUGGGUACUGUGGGAGGAGGCACCAACCUGCCGCCACAGCAGGCCUGCCUGCAGAUGCUGGGUGUCCAAGGUGCCAGUCCAAACCAGCCUGGCGAGAACGCCCGUCAGCUGGCCCGUGUAGUUUGUGCUACUGUCCUGGCAGGAGAACUCUCCCUGAUGGCCGCUCUAGCUGCCGGGCACCUUGUCAAGAGCCACAUGACCCACAACAGAUCUACAACAAAUUUGUCCAAAACACCUUCGUAAAAGUCAGAGAACAGCUUUGUGGCGUUAAAUGCCGAUGGCCCGUCUUCAAGUCAGCCAGAGUAAAACGCUCCGGAUACCGGCACAAAACUCCACUGUGAGAACCGGUAAGGGUCUCCUAAUGUUGGGUUCUAAAGGGAGAGCUGUGGGUUGUGGAAAUCCAGAUGUUAAAGACUAACAGGCUAAUAGCCAGACCCAACACAUGCUGAAGACCACAGCCAAUGUGCGCCUGCUUUGUGUGUGUCGCCCGACUGAUUGCAAAAAGACUUUUCUGGGUUGAGUUGUUAUGUUGCGAUUACUCAUUCGUGCCAUUUGUCUGCAUCUAAACGCUGCAGCGGCGUUUGAGAAAGCCUUCACUGUUGGUAGGCACUGACCUUUCAGACAACUGGGAAUCGUGAUGGGGUUUGGGUUGGUCAGAUCCGCCGUGCUGCACAAAGUCUUGAACAAGUAUCCUGUGCCUCUAAAGAGUCGUAAAGCCAAAAGCCAAGAGCUUUUCCUGUCACAGAUGGAGAGACACAGCUUCUACAUAAAUUCUAGUGUGGUUUUUUUCCAUCCAAAAUGCAUGACGUGAGAUCCUCAGACAGCUAUAACCUGUUUUUUUUAUUUUUUGGAACAAUUAAUGUUUGCACUUGCCAAAAGCUUGCUUGAGACAGCACCGUUACUGUAAACUGACAUUUGUAGAGGUUUAAAUUGCCAACUCUCUGCCUGAAUGUACGUAGUACUACAUCAGUGUACGUAGGAUAUCACCUGCACAAUCCUUCCUGAAGUAAGGUGCUGCUGUAUACUGUGUAUACUGUAGAAUGACUGUGGCUGUUGGACCUCUUGGUCCCAGGGAAGAAAAGCCCGUGCCCUUAGAUGGUCCUGGUCACAAUGUGGUUUGUUCAGACUCUGGAUCAACCACCUAGACGAAUUGUUAAAGGCAGGUUGCUUUUUUGCGUUAAGGCUAAUAGGAAAACCAAAGCCAUAUUAAUUAAUUUAAUAAACUUUUAUGGUACACUGUUGUGUGUGUGGAACCACUGAUUUAUUGGCAUGGUGGAGGUAAGAGGAUGGGCCAGCCCUCAGUACUGGCUACGGGUACUGCAGGUUCAUGUAUUCUCAUUGUCAUAAAGCAGUGAAGCUCAGAAGUGGCCUUACAUACAGUCUGUCUUAGAGAAGCUGAGCCUUAGCAUGCUCUAGUUAGAAUAUUCAAUUAUAAAGCUAUUUAUGUCAAAAGAUUGUACAAUGUUUUAUUUAAAAAAUAAACAUCACGCUGAAUCUUAAUGUCUAAUU